ACGCUUAAUAUAUUAACGGCGGGUAUUACGAGGAUUAGUUUCGGCCUAAGUAAAGAAAUCGUCGCCCUAAGUAUAAUAAAAGUAGAGAUAUACUUUAGAACGAUAACUUUUUAUAUUUUACUUAUUAAUACCCCAUUUCUCUUAUAUCUAAAAGACAUAGAUCGACUAGGUAUUAUAUUCGAUAAUACGAAGAACAGAAUCUUUAAUAAUAAGCACUUCGAGGUAGUCGAACGACGAUAG